GCAUGUGCCAUAAAAGUGUAUUUGUUUGCAGCCUCUGACUCGCUGCUCUUUCGAACAACUCGAUGAGCUCGUUUAUUUGGCUUUCGAAAAUCUGUCUUUCACGCCAACAAAGAACACUUUGAAUGCAGUUUCAAGUCGUGCGCCAAGUCAAACGGAGUUAAUGCUCGAGUCAGUUCGCUGUUGGUAAAGCAGAAAGUGACCAAAGAAAUAAAAAAUAAAAAAAUUUGUGAAAAAAGUAAAAAAGCAAUUGUUGUGGCAAAAGCAGUGAAAAGCAUUUCUGUGCGAAUAAUUGACAGGCCUAAUAACACAUUGUUGACAGCCAGCACAUUGUUGUUGCUGUGGCACAAAACGGAAAGCGGAAAUUAUUAGCGUCUGCUGUCAAAUUGUUGACAGGCCUUCUUCCAGUUGGAAUUGCCAUCAAAAUCAGGUGCUUUGAAAAUACAACAAUACAAAUACUAGAAUUUACUGUGUUGAAAAGAGUGGACGCCCUUAAAGAAUUUCGAAUUUGUUGCAAGUUUUGGGUAUUGUGUUGCCACCAGCCACCAGCCACCAGCAGUGGUGGUGUGGGUCAGCCAGCAAAGCCCAGCGUUUGUGUUUUGGGGUGGAAAGGCCAGUUGGUGUGUGUGGAAAAUGAAAUGUGAAGUGUAGCAUUAGCAGCAGCGAUAGAAACGUCUGCAAGUUGUUUAAAGAAUUGAUUUUUUGUUGUUUGUGCGUGUACAAGACCGGUGUGAAUAACAGUAAACAGCAGGCGUCUAUUAAUAUUUAUAAUAAUUAUUGUGUUUUUGUUGUGUAUGUGAAGAAGAAAUUUUGGAAACAUUUCUAGUGUGUUAAUAACGUGCGCUUAACGUCUGCAAGUGUUGACGCAACGGCGGCGCAACAGCAAUAAAAGCAGCAACGUGUGUGUGACGGCGACGCGUUACAUGCAAGACACUUAAACAAAUUGGAUGCGAAAACGCUGCACGUGGAGCACAAUAGAGCCGACAUACUGCUGCUUGUAUAACGGGUUUUAGUAUAUUUUUGAAAAAGGUUACGGCGACCAACGAACAAAAGUGGAGCGAAACUUUAACAAAUUGCUAGCGGAAUGCAGUGAACGUGUGUAGCAUGAAAAGAACACAAUAAAAGUGUGUGUGUGUGUGUGGCAAAAAGAGAGCGCAGAAAAGUGUGUUGCAUGCAGCAAUCUGUUGAGAUUAGAGAACACACAUGCGAUGUGUUAGACUAUGAAUUUGGAUUACGGUUGAGCAAUUGGAAGGUAUUAAAACCAUUGUAGGACAUACACACAUAUUAAUACUAACGGUAUAGUGUAAGAGAAGACUUGAAUUUGUACUAGUGCACCAAGCAGGGAUUAAAGCAUACAGUGUUGCAGUGUCCUCGUCGACGUAGGUAAAUGAGUGCGCAUUUCGCCAACAAGAACCGCGCACUUUAACUGACUAAGCCGUGGUUGUGUCCACACACAACAUUCCCCCCAGAAAAGGAGUGCGCAUUCAAGUCACGCCAUUCUACUGUCUGAACUCUUCUCCGCCCCGUGGUCGUUGAAACGCGCGCCUCAAAGUGCAUUUAUUCCAGCAUACCAUGUCCUCGAUAUCGGCGCAGGGCGUGGUCGAACGUGCGUCCGCUGAACUCUCGAAACGCAUUAACGGCCUCGGGCUGCGUUCGAAGCAUCAUCAUGGCAGCGGCGGCAGCUCCAAUUCGUCCUCGUCCGCCUCAACACAAUCCGCUACAUCGUCGGGUGGCGGCAGUAGCGGCAAGACCUCAGUAAUGGAACGUGUCACAAAUGCACUGUGCGGCGGUGGCAAUAGUAACAACAACAGUAACAAUAGUAGUGCGAACAACAGUUCCAACAGCAAUCCGGCUGCCACACCCGACAAACCGACACGCGGUGGCAGCGGCAGCAAUAGCGGCGCACAUACACCCACAGGUGGUUUGUCGACACCCGCUAGUCCAACGCUGCCACAUAGCGUUAUCAUCGGUGCUGCCAGUAAUAUGCAGUUAAUGCAGCAACAACAGACGGCGCCACAAGCACAACAACAACAGCCGUCACAUCCGCACCAACAUUCACAGUCGCCAGCGCCAACAACGCCAACACCGUCGCCGCAUCCAUUACAAUCGCAGAUUGCCAGUUCGACGCUGGUGAAUUCCAAUUCCAAUAUGCUGGUCGGUGGUGGCGGCACACCGCCUGUGCUGGGUCAUCCAUUGGGUGCACCGCCUGCGCCCACAGUCAACUCGAUUGCCAAGCAAAUGAAUAUCACCAUACCUGGGCAGCCGCAAUUCACCACUAUGGGUUUGGUGGCCGCACAAAAAUCGGUUGCCAAUCAAUCGGUGAGCGGUGGCACACCGUUGCAGUUGCGCAAGCAGCUACCCAAUCCGCAUCUACAUCAUCCGUAUGCGGGUGGCGGCGGCGUUGUUGCAGGCGCUGCUGGCAGCGCUUCCAAUGUUUCACAACUGGCCGCUGCCGUUACACAGUCGGCGUUGAUACUGCACAAAUACCCGCCGCCGAUUACUAGCAUUGAGGCGUUGUUGCUGGACGAUCGUUUUUUGAAUCGUUUUUUCCUUUACUUUUCCUCGUACGAACGUCGCUCGCUGGCGCAGGUGUGCAUGAAAUGGCGCGACAUACUCUAUCGCAGUCCGCGUUACUGGUCGGGCCUGUUGCCGACCCUACAAUGUCGCGAGUUGCGUCAAAUACCUAGCUGUGAUCGUGUGAAGCUGUAUAAUUCGUUGAUACGUCGUGGUUUUCAUGCGCUCGCGUUGGUCGGCGCCUCGGAUGAGGAUGCGCUCGAUGUGGUGCACUCAUUCCCUUUGGCCUCCAAACAUAUACAUUCGCUGAGUUUACGCUGUUCGUCGAUCAGCGAUCGUGGACUGGAGGCGUUGCUCGAUCAUCUGCAGAGUCUCUUCGAACUCGAGCUCGCCGGCUGCAAUGAAGUCACAGAGGCUGGUCUGUGGGCUUGUCUAACGCCGCGUAUUGUUUCACUCUCACUAGCGGAUUGUAUUAAUAUCGCUGACGAAGCAGUGGGUGCGGUGGCGCAGCUAUUACCAUCGCUAUAUGAGUUCUCACUGCAGGCUUAUCAUGUCACCGACGCCGCUUUGGGCUAUUUCUCGCCGAAACAAAGUCAUAGUCUGAGCAUACUACGCCUACAAUCGUGUUGGGAAUUAACUAAUCAUGGCAUCGUUAAUAUUGUGCACUCUUUGCCCCACUUAACGGUACUUAGUCUAUCCGGUUGCAGUAAACUCACCGAUGAUGGCGUGGAAUUGAUUGCCGAGAAUCUGCAAAAGUUACGUGCCCUCGAUUUGUCGUGGUGUCCGCGCAUUACGGACGCAUCGCUGGAGUAUAUUGCCUGUGAUCUAAAUCAGCUGGAGGAGCUGACGUUGGAUAGAUGCGUACACAUCACCGACAUCGGUGUCGGCUACAUCUCGACCAUGCUCUCACUAACCGCACUCUUUCUACGCUGGUGUUCACAAGUGCGUGACUUCGGCCUACAACACUUAUGCUCAAUGCGAAAUCUACAAGUACUCUCACUCGCCGGCUGUCCACUGCUCACCUCCUCCGGCCUGUCCAGUCUAAUACAGCUGCGUCAUUUGCAAGAACUCGAGCUGACCAAUUGUCCGGGCGCCUCACACGAGUUGUUCGACUAUUUGAAAGAACAUUUGCCACGUUGCUUAAUCAUUGAAUAAUACGUUUGCGUAGUUGCAGUGGCGUUAAUUGCAUGUGCCAUGUACAAGAAGCCGCAGGCGUGGAGCAAUUUGUGGGGGAGAGCAGUUGAAAGUAGAUAUGCAACUCUGUCACAGUUUAUGAUACUUGCGUUUGCUACAUAUUGACUAUGAAGUGGUAAUGACAACAGACAGUAGAUGUUUCUGAUGGAUGAACUGCUGUGAGCUACUAUGGAAAAAACUGCACUGAAAAUAUUUCUAAAGCAAAUGUAUACAUACUUACUAUGCCUAAUAUUGAAAA